AUGUCUCUUUCAUUUUUUAGAAAUACAUUUCUUAAAUCAAGAAUAAUUAAUACAGCCUUCUAAUCAAAAAGAGUAAUGGCAUAAAUGGUCAAAUCCGAUCUUGAAAACCCAGAUGAAUAUUUCUUAAAGAAUAAUUCUAUGAAAUAUAAUGAACUUAAUUUCUAUAGUAUAGUUGCAUAAAAUUACAAUGUACCUGCUUCAGCAUUUUCUGGAAAAAAUGAACUUUAAAAAUUUAAUGAAUCCAAAUAACUUCUUUAGGAAUAUUAAGAACUUUCUAAACUAAUUUAAAAUUUAAGUGAUUUUUAUUGGGAAUUAAAAACUAUUUAUCUAGAACUUUCAAGAAAUGUAGCUACAUCUAACUUCCAUAACAAACAUGAACAUACACAUUAAAUGAUAGAAUCUGAUAUAAAAGAUUCUUUACAUAAAUAUGUUAAUCUUAUGAAUAAUUUAAAAGAUUAUCCUUUAUGGCAAGAUAAAGUAUUAAUAUAUACAUAUAAUUUUAAUAUUUUUUUUUUUUAUUAGGUUAGAGAUGAUAUUGGAUAUUAUGCUCAUAUGAUUUAUACUUCUCUUAAUUAUGACUCUUAAUUCUAAUCAAUUUUUGAUGAGUUCGAUAAAGUAGAUAAAAAUUACUUUUUCAAAUGAAUUAAAAACAAAUAAUAUGAUAAAAAAGAUAAAAACCCAUUUAAUAGAAAUUAUUAUUUUAUAUUUGUUAUGUUUUUUAUCUAAAAGAAUUUUAAUCUAA